AUGUCACAAUCAUCAAGAAAGAAGCUCUUGCUUAUGGGCCGAUCGGGCUCAGGUAAAUCGUCAAUGCGCUCAAUCAUCUUUUCCAACUACUCUGCUUUCGAUACAAGAAGAUUAGGAGCAACUGUGGAUGUUGAAUUGUCACAUCUCCGGUUUUUGGGCAACAUGUCGCUUACAUUGUGGGACUGUGGUGGGCAAGAUGUAUUCAUGGAGAACUACUUUACCAAUCAGAAGGAUCAUAUUUUUAAAAUGGUUCAAGUUUUGAUCCAUGUUUUUGACGUUGAGAGCAAGCUGAUCAAUAAGGAUAUUGAAAUAUUUGUCAAGAGUUUAACCAACUUGCAAAAGUAUAGUCCCGAUGCAAAGAUCUUUGUCCUAUUGCACAAGAUGGAUCUUGUACAGAUUGACAAAAGGCAGGAAUUAUUUACCAUAAUGAUGGAUAAGUUACAGAAAAUAAGUAACCCAUAUCAUUUCAAACUUAUUGGUUUCCCAACCAGUAUAUGGGAUGAAAGUUUAUACAAAGCAUGGUCACAAAUUGUGUGUUCGCUAAUACCAAACAUCAACUUGUUCAACAAUAAUAUAAUCAAAUUCAACUCAAUUUUGGAUGCUGAGGAGAUUAUCUUGUUUGAAAAGACAACAUUCCUCGUGAUUUCAUCAACUACUUCAAUCAAACAGCAACAACAACACAAGUUAACCAACGGCUCUCAAAAGGAAGAGUCGGAAGAAUUGGACCCAAAACGAUUUGAAAAGAUUUCCAAUAUAAUCAAAACAUACAAACAGUCCAUAUCCAAGUUGAGAACGAAUUUCAACAACUUGAUUAUUAGAGGAAGUAAUGGCACAACGUUCUACCUUGAUAUCUUGACGGAAAAUAUGUUUAUAAUGGUGGUAUUAAAAAAGAAAGAUGAGGUAUUAGACGGAUUCCCAGUAGAGCAAAAUGAAGAAUCAUUGGUUCUUGACAACAUCAAAGCUGCUCGUAAAUGGUUUGAAAAGAUUGAAAAUUCCAAGUAG